CCAAACCACACGAUUAAAGAAACGCUUGUGAGAUUAUUCGUCUCUACGAUACAGGAACAACGUCCUACACAACAAUAAUAAAGAGACCAACACCAGCCAUGUCUGUGAACUAUGCUGCUGGCCUCUCACCGUACGCAGACAAAGGAGUGUGUGGACUUCCUGAGGUGUUUGACAGCCCUGAGGAGCUGAAGGCGAAGGUGGAGACCCUCGCCCAGUUGGUAAAAGAAUCUCAAUACUUGGUUGUCCACUCUGGAGCCGGAAUCAGCACCUCAACAGGCAUCCCCGACUUCAGGGGUCCAAAAGGUGUGUGGACGUUAGAAGAAAAGGGUGAGUCACCUCACUUUGACAUCACAUUUGAAGAUGCCCGACCUAGCUUGACUCACAUGGCCCUCCUGGGGCUGCAGAGGGCCGGCUUCCUCAAGUAUCUCAUCAGCCAGAAUGUGGACGGCCUACACGUCCGAUCAGGCUUCCCCAGGGAUGUGUUAUCAGAGCUCCAUGGAAACAUGUUUGUGGAGGAGUGUGAGAAGUGUGGCAGGCAGUACGUCAGAGAGAAGGUGAUCGGCGUGAUGGGACUGAAGCCCACAGGACGUCACUGCGAUGUGCUGCGAUCCAGAGGGCUGAGAGCCUGCAGAGGGAAGCUGAUCAGCACUAUACUGGACUGGGAGGAGGCUCUUCCUGACAGUGACUUGAACAGAGCAGAGGAUGCCAGCAGACGAGCCGACCUGGCGCUGACGCUCGGCACCUCCCUGCAGAUCAAACCCAGCGGAGACCUUCCACUUCUCACCAAGCGCAAAGGAGGAAAACUGGCCAUCGUGAACCUGCAGCCCACGAAACACGACAAGCACGCGCACCUGCGUAUCCACAGCUACGUGGACGAUGUCAUGAAACAACUGAUGGAGCUGCUGGGAUUGGACAUCCCAAAGUGGGAGGGUCCGACUGUCUGCGAGAGCUCCAAAGCCACCGCCGAGUCCACCACCGAUGUCAAACCACCGUGUGCAGUCACAGCGAAGAAGAAGAAGGUGAAAAGGGAGCUGGUUAAGGAGGAGAGGCAAGGAGACACGACGGCACUAACAGACGAUGGGAGUGUUAAGGAGGAGGCGGUCCCUGUAAAGAGGGAGAGAGCGGACUCCCCAGUCGAGUUAAAAGAGGAGAAAUAGCCUCAGGUAACACAAACCCGUCCAGAAAUAGACUUUACAACAAAAGCGGCUCGGUUUGAUCAGUUUGAGUACAACGAUUCUUCUCCUCUGACACGCUCUGGAGCAAAGACUCUUUAUUACCACAGCGGUUUUGUUUUUUAAAUCCCCCUUACAGCCACGACACACAGCGACAUGAAACUGACUCCUCGGCUGAAAGCUCCAAAGUUGAACACCCGAUAAAGUGAAAUUAGCUACGUGAUUGUGUCCAGGGUAGAAGGAUGACUCCUCAUUAUGUGGACGUUUGAGUGAGUGGAGUUUUCUUUUUCAUUUCUGGUCCAACAACAUGCCUUAAGAGUACAUUUACUAAUACAUGACCCACCUCGGGGCUUUAUUUUGCUUUGAGAACCAAACUUUAGCAGAC